UACAUAUGCGCAGUGUGUCCGUGGCAGCAGCUCCAUGAAGUUUAGUUAUUGGCAGCAACGCGUCGGCAACGGUUCGGUAUAGUAAAUACUGCUAAAUAAAACACGUCGUCUUGAGGCCAUCAAACAAUACUUCCUCCGAUGGCGAUGAUUCGAUUGACUCUCCCUUUGCUGCUCCUGGGCAUAUUUAUGGCUUCGGUUUCCGCCAGAACAGGACCUGCACACGACAAGGUGGUUGUUUGCUAUAUAUCCACAUGGGCUGUAUAUCGACCCGAGCCGGGUGCCUAUUCCAUUGAGCACUUUGAUCCGAGUCUCUGCACACAUGCUGUCUACGCUUUUGCCGGCCUGGACAUCACACAGUCAUCCAUCAAGUCCUUGGAUCCCUGGCAGGACCUGAAGGAGGCGUAUGGCAAGGGAGGCUUCGAGCGUUUGACGGACUUGAAACGCAGUCAUCCGCAUCUGAAGGUCACUCUGGCCAUUGGUGGCUGGAAUGAGGGUUCCAAGAACUAUUCGACUAUGGUGGCCAAUGUAUUGCAACGUGGACAGUUCGUAAAGCAAGUUUCCAGCUUUGUGCGCAAAUAUAACUUUGAUGGCUUGGAUCUGGACUGGGAGUAUCCCACACAACGUGGUGGUAGUCCAAAGGAUCGCGAAAAUUUUGUUGCCUUGACCAAAGAAUUGAGAGAGGAAUUUGAUAACUAUGGAUUAUUGCUGACUUCGGCUAUUGGUGCAGCCAAGAAUGUGAUUGAUCAGGCUUAUGAUGUGCGACAGAUUUCUCGUUAUCUUGACUUUUUGCACAUCAUGUGCUACGAUUAUCACGGCAGCUGGGAUCACAAGAUUGGCUUUAAUUCGCCUCUGAUAGCUUCUGCCAUGGAUCCAUUGAGUGUGCAAUACACCAUCGAUUAUUUGCUGAAACAGGGCGCUCCUCCAUCAAAGCUGGUGUUGGGAUUACCCUUUUAUGGACGCACCUUUAAGACUACCACAGAGGGUAAUCUAAACGACGCCAGCGAAGGUAAUGGCUUCCAGGGACCCUUUACACGCGAAGACGGCUUUCUGGGCUACAACGAGAUCUGCAACAUCUUGAGCAAUAAAACCUCGGGCUGGUCCAAGCAAUGGGAACCGGAGACCAGUCAAAUGUUGGCGCGUUCCGAGCGCAAUGUCUUCACCCAGAAUGUGAAUGUGGUGACAUUCGACAGUUCCCGUUCCAUUGCCAACAAGGUGAAGUUUGCCAUGAAGAAGCGUUUGGCUGGCGUAAUGGUCUGGUCUGUGGACACCGAUGACUUUUUGGGAGAUUGUGAACUGGAUGAGGAUACCUUUGCCGAUUUCCGUCUAGUCAAAACUGCUCCAAGGCGACUCAAUCAUAAUUACCCACUGUUGCGCACAAUCAAUGAGGCAACUUCACUGGCGCUGGAGGAGAUCGCUGCUGACGAAAUCGUUGUACCAGAUGAUUCAGAGAAUGAGAUACCCCAUGGCAGUAUUGCGGAUCGUAAGAAUGCUGCUGCCUCAGUUGUGAGCCUUAGUUUAACGAUCAGUUUUGUUUACAUGCUGUUGCACAGUUUGGCACAUUGAGAAAAUCCAAUAAGUGCCAUAGUUUUUAUUGUAUGUAUGUUUUGUUCCCGCUGCACUCGAGCAGCCAUUUUAAGUCGUGCGUAAUAAAUGUUCAAAAUUAAUUUAAAAUAAA